AUGGGUAUCCUUGUUGCUGAACGUCAAUUCCUUGGAGAAAUUGGAGUUUUGGAUGAAGGAAUGACAAUUUAUGGAGGUGAAAAUGUUGAAUUAGGAAUACGUGUCUGGCUCUGUGGUGGGAGUAUUGAAGUGGUGCCGUGUUCAAAGAUCGCACACAUUGAAAGAGCACAUAAGCCCUAUUCACAAGAUCUCAGGAAACCCAUGAUUCGAAACGCUCUGAGAGUGGCUGAAAUCUGGCUGGAUGAAUAUAAAUCAAAUGUGAAUAUUGCCUGGAAUCUCCCUCUAAAGAAUCAUGGGAUUGAUAUUGGUGAUGUGAGUGAAAGAAAACGAUUACGAAAUAAACUCAAAUGUAAGCCCUUCAGAUGGUAUCUGGAAAAUGUAUAUCCUCUCCUAGACGUCUGGGAAGACAUAAUUGGUUAUGGUGCGCUGAAUAAUGACCUUAAAGAAAAAUUCUGUAUUGAUCAAGGACCUGUUCCUGGAAGUGUACCAAUUCUGUUUAGGUGUCAUUACUAAAAACCUCAGCAUUGCUAUUACAACCGUAAUGGAGAGAUCUACAUUGGAGGCAUCAAAUCUCACACAUAUAACUCUAACCGUUGUCUAAUGGAUCCUGGUAGUGGAAAGACACCAGCGUUGCAUGACUGUAAAAAUGCCAAGGUGAAAGGAUUGAGUAUAUACUGGGACUUUUCUCAGGGAAAUGCAAUAAAAAACAGAAACACAAAUCGAUGUCUUGAGAUCGGCCAAGGAGGGGACUCCUACUAUUAUCUGAUUUUGCAAACAUGCACAGGACAAAGAUGGACAAUACAACAUGUCAUCAAAGACUUUUAAAAGAUAAUUUCAACGAAGUGGAAACAUUGUAAAGGACGUAGAUGUAGAAGGAACUUCAAAAUGAAAUGCAUGUACAAGUAUGUGAACUGGAUACAUAUGACUGUGUUCUGUGUGUUUUUU